GUUUUUGGAGUAGCAUUCAUUAGCGGUGACACUUUGGUCAGCUUGCCUUGCCAGUGCAGCCGUCAGCCGUCAGCCGUCGUGCUGCAACUACCUGCGUAGUGGCCUUUCUCGGCGGUCAGGAACUGCUUACAUCUCCUCCGGCCUUCCGCCAUCUCGUACCACCCACUGCCCUCCUCACUCCUCCUACUACGCCUCCAUCGCGCAUCUGCCAUCGCAUCUACAUUUCAUCGGCCCUUUUCGCAUUUUGCAGCGUUCAGCGAACAUUUACGGUGCAGCAUUUAAGAACACCCGAUGAACCGGUAGCGGCACUCACAGCUGCAUCGCAGGCCCGCGACCACUCCACACCAAACUCACAUGCAACCUCCCGCGAGGCGGCGCUUUCGCCUCAAACGAACCUUUGCCUGGUUCCUGGGACUUGCACUCGUCUACAUUCUGGGCAGCCUCAUUGGCGUGCAGAUCGACAAGACCACCAGCUCGCUCGAACUGCUAGAGAAUUCGGAAUGGAUCGCAACGUCAAAGCAUUGGCUGGACAGGCAGGCCUGUCGUUGGAUAGGAAUAUGUGGAGGCACACACAUACUCUUCAAAAGCGCAUGGACGUCAUCGAAGAUUCAAGACAGCAUACCUCUACCCGAUGACGAUCCUAUACCAUGGUGGGAGUCUGGACGUGAAGAUCCCAACUCAUGGUCGAAUGCUGAAAGGAAGCUUCGAGAGAUUCCGCAGUACGUGCUGGACCACGCUCCUUACGUUCAUCUAUUCUCUGGAGAGAAAUUCUGGCCCAGCGAUGUUGGCGAACACCUCGUGCAUACCUCGCCUUACCUCAAUUACACCAAGAUUUCCGACCUGAAAGAUCGCAAUCUCACCAAUCUAAAUGAUCUAAACGACUACGCUGGUGGCGAACACAGCAGGUUCAUCUACCUCCAAAGCGACGAUAACCCCGAAGAGAGACCUGAUUGGCUCACCAGUAUUGAAAACAUACCUAGUCCUCCAGGGCGAGACGACGACGACGACGAUGAAGACGACGCAGAGGCCCCAUGGCCUGACUUCGACGACUUGAAGGACUACGACCUCGACGCCCUGAAGCAUCAGGCUCUUGACCAAGCGGAAAAGUCUGAUGAGAAGGCCUCGACUCAAGGCUUCUUCUCCGAUCUCGUGCCUAGCCAAGACGGACGAUGUGGUGGCAGCAGCGGAUAUACUUGCGACGGGAGCAAGUUCGGGUCUUGCUGCUCCAUCUACGGUUGGUGCGGCAAGAGCGAAGAAUAUUGUGGAGACCCCUGCGACCCACUUGCCGGAACUUGCUUUGAUCCGUACAAUCCACCUCGUGGGCCACACCAGGAGCUGCGCCGAAGAAAUGCCUUGGACUUUAACGACGAUAAACACCGACCGCAGCCAGGCGGCAAGAGCUCAGCGCCUGCCAUCCUCAUCGUUGUCCCCAAGGAGAAUGGCAUCGUCGAUGCUUUCUGGUUCUUCUUCUACUCAUUCAAUCUCGGACAGACCGUGUUGAACAUCCGCUUCGGCAACCAUGUCGGCGAUUGGGAGCACACGUGCGUGCGCUUCAGGAAUGGCAAGCCCUACCAGGUGUUCUUGUCAGAGCAUAACUUCGGACAAGCCUAUACCUGGAAGGCGAUGGAGAAAUACAUCCCCAGCCACGACGGAUCUGGAACUAUGAUCGGCAGCUGGAGUAACGAGACUGCUGGUCGCAUGGCCAAACGUCCUGUCGUCUACAGCGCCCUCGGUUCACACGCCAUGUACGGCACGCCUGGACUUCACCCUUACAUCCUACCCUGGGGUCUGCUUCACGACGAAACCGACCGCGGCCCUCUCUGGGAUCCAGUGCAGAACCUGCAAUCCUACACCUACGACGCCAAGAAUCGAACCAUGCGUGCCUCCAUGCUCAACCCAACGUCGCCGGUGGAAUGGCUCAACUAUGCCGGCCACUGGGGUGACAAAUAUUACCCCCUUUCCGACCCACGACAGUACCGCUUCGCCGGCCAGUACCACUACGUCAACGGACCUACAGGCCCCAAGUUCAAGAAUCUCGGCCGGAAAAACGUCUGCCAGCGACACGGCACCUGCGAGGUCAGGCACUGGCUCGGCGGCGCCAAACCCGCUACUGGCAUCCCGCCGGAAGAGGAUAUCGAAGAUGGUACUCUCCCCGGCGGCAACCAAACCGACGAUAGCGAUACCUCGUAUUGGAACGAGCCCUCGUACAGCGAAGCCGUGUACGAUGACGAUCAAGAAGAGUACUCUGUUUGGACGAAAUAGAGGUUGGCGUUUGGAUCGCAUUCAGGAGGGAGAAGGAGGAGGUAAUUUGGGAGCUUGGAUUUGGAGUCAGGAUCUUUUGUGGCGUGACGUGACGUGACGCUUUUAUGAUACCCUAUGCCUCCCAUGCGAGGACACACUAUUACAUUGAUACAGUUGUCGUAGUAGUAUGAGAGAUACGAUACUCAGAUAGAGAUGAGAUGAGAUGCCGCGAUUGCUGGAUUGGUUUGUUGGGUUGGAUGUAGAUAUGACUGAAAUGAGGAAUUAUGAAUCUGAAAGAAACAUG